ACUUCUCCUCUUUUCUCAACAAGUGGCCAAGGCUUUCGUCGAGUGAACCUGCCCCGACAUGCCGACCGUUAGCUUGCCCGACCGACCGUCCCCCUUCACGUUUGGCAUUAUCGUGGAGCUGAUUUUUUUGUGCGGAACAUUCAUCACUGGCCUGGUUAUAGCAGGUGCUGUCGGGGUGACGCAGGCAAGAUGGAACGGUAAAUGCAUACUAUCAAUGGGUGUGACAUGUACAAUGGGUACGGACCUGAAAUGGCACUACUCGUUUACAUCGGAUGGCGGUCUGUGCCAUUUCUGUCUCAAUUUUCAAAUCGCUUGCGUGCUGACGUCCUUCGUGUUCGCAAUUUACAGGAUUCUUGUGUUGUGCUACCGAAAAUACAACAUAGCUAUCUUGCGCCUGGUUACAGCGGGCAUUUUUACCGUGUACGCCCUCUUGGUCCUAGCGGAAGCCGCCAUCAUAACAAUCGGUUUGAAUGCCUUCUGCGAUGGUCUCAUGAAUUCCUGCGGGGUAUCCUUCGGUAAGACGUGUCCUCAAUAUCAAACGUGGAUUGAUUGGAUUUAUGAUGACGGCUCUUCCUUCUACUCCACCACGCUAGUAGCGGAGGUGGCAGCGUGGAUUUCCUUUGUGUUCUGGGUCGCUCUGGCCGUCUGGAGCUUCGUUCUCUUCUUGAAAGCCAGACGAGCCAACCGUCAGAUGGUGCUACCGCCAAGCAGCUUGACCACCCCCGCCGCUGCCGCUGCUCCCAGCACGGUCACUAAUAAACCCGUGUAACCACGCCAUCCCAGCAGUCUCGCACAGGCCACUUGCAGUGCAGCCGACCAGUGGACCUUUCUCACGAGAAAGCCAUUUUGGUCGGGUUUCCUGAAUGUAUAUUAUUAAUUGUCAACUGUUGAGAGGGAUGGUGCCAGACUAAUUAAACAUUCUAGCCUCAGCUUCAUUUUUGUGGCUUACAAUGUAAAACAUUAAGAUAAAAAUCACAAAUUUAUUAUUCAUUGGAACAGACAGGUAUCAUGGCAUGUAAUGAACUUGAUGUCAGUACUUUCAUUUCUUCUCGCAAGUUUCAAAAAUGAAGAAUUUACCUCACUUUAAAUUCAAUAUUGCCGACUCGUGAAUAAGGGCCAUGAUGAUUAUUUCACAGGCAUAUAAAAAAAUGUAAAAUUCACAGCUGAAGUUCUUGGACCAUCUUUGACUUUCAUUUUUUACGUAGAUCAAUGGGUAGUUUACAAACAUAUAUUUUAAAGAAAUAUCUCUUGAACAUUAUUAUAACUUCAUCGUUUUUACUACAGUAUUAAAAACUGAAGAAUGUACAUGUAUAUAUUGUUCCAAUUGCUUCGCUAGUGAAAUCAUUUUAUAUACGAAUAACAGUUAUAUACUAAUAAUAGAAAGAGAUCAGUCUUACGAUCACGUUUGCACUUUUACUGCGUGGGUUUAAUUAUUUUUUAUGAACAUUUUAAUGAUCUUAAUUGUUUAUUCACCGCCACUUGUCAGCCUCCUCUGUUCAUCUCCUGAUUGUUUUUACAAUAGAGGAACGUUAUCAUAUAAUAUGAUUACCUUCCCCUAAAAUUUUCAUUGUUAAAUAACAUUGUGAUUAUUGCAAAUAAGUAUGUUUUUCAUGUGUACAUAGCAACCUUAUAUAUACAAACAAAAUUUCACGAGGUUGGAUAAGCGUAUUGUUGAAUGAUCCAUAUUCAACAAUAUUCCGCUAAAUGUUUAUUGUUUAAUAACAUAGUGAUUAUUGCACAUAUAAAUUCGCUUUCUCAUGUAUAGGUCUACAUAGCAAACUUACAAACAAAAUUUCACGUAAAUAAGCGUAUUGUUGAAUGUUAAUAAAUGAAAAUGUCC